AUGGUCGCAGCUAAUGAGUCCCUGACGCAAAGAUUCGAUCUGACUCCAUCCAAGGUGGUCUUCUACCUCGGAUUCUGGGGCAUCCAUAUCGGCAUCUUUGCGCUCGGAUGGUAUCUACAAGCUUCAAAUUCAAAGCUCGCAGAUCUCAAUGUCCUCAAAUUCUCCGUUUGGAUAUCCAGAGGCGCUGGUCUGGUUCUCUCGGUUGACGCAACUGUGAUUCUGUUGCCCAUGUGUCGCAAUGUGUUGAGAUGGAUCAGACCACAGAUCAGAUGGCUGCCGCUAGACGAGUCAGCUUGGUUCCAUCGUCAAGUUGCCUACGCUCUGUUGAUCUUUACUGGAAUUCAUACCGGUGCCCACUAUGUUAAUUUCUACAAUAUCGAAAAGAACCAGAUCAGGCCCGAGCUUGCCAUUCAGAUCCACUAUACCCAAGCGGCCGGCAUUACAGGCCAUGUCAUGCUGCUGUGCAUGAUGCUGAUGUAUACCACAGCACACCAUCGUAUUCGUCAGCAGGCGUACGAAACCUUUUGGUACGCCCAUCAUUUGUUCAUUCCUUUUAUGCUAGCACUGUACACCCAUGCCACUGGAUGUUUCGUGCGUGACAGCGCCGAUCCCUACUCUCCGUUCGCUGGAGAAAAGUUCUGGAACCACUGCCUCGGGUAUGAAGGCUGGAGAUGGGAGCUUGCGGCGGCCGCUUUAUACCUAUGCGAGCGACUCUACCGCGAAAUUCGCUCUCGUCGAGAAACCGAGAUUACGAAAGUUAUCCGUCAUCCUUACGCCGCAAUGGAAAUUCAAUUCCACAAGCCGAGUAUGAAGUACAAAGCCGGCCAGUGGCUUUUUCUCCAGGUCCCCGAUGUUUCCAGCACCCAAUGGCACCCCUUCACCAUCACUUCCUGUCCUUUUGACCCUUAUGUCAGUGUUCAUGUCCGCCAGGUCGGAGAUUUCACCAGGGCUCUUGGUGACGCCCUCGGCUGUGGUCCUGCGCAGGCCCGAGAUCUGGAGGGUCUCGACCCCAUGGGAAUGUACGAGGUUGCCCUUCAAAAUGGCCAGAUGAUGCCGAAACUCCGAAUCGACGGACCGUAUGGUGCUCCAGCCGAAGAUGUCUUCGAAAAUGAAAUCGCCAUUCUCAUCGGCACGGGUAUUGGCGUCACGCCUUGGGCCUCGAUUCUCAAAAAUAUCUGGCAUUUGCGCUCCAGCCCAAAUCCCCCGCGACGAUUGCGACGUGUCGAGUUCAUUUGGAUUUGCAAAGAUACUUCCUCUUUCGAAUGGUUUCAGGCGCUCCUUUCUUCCCUCGAAUCUCAAUCGGCUUCUGCUGCUGCUCACGAGGGCAGCGCUGAGUUCCUGCGCAUUCACACCUAUCUCACGCAGCGCCUAGACAACGAUACAGCUGCGAACAUCUAUCUCAACUCCGUUGGUCAAGCCCUGGAUCCGCUGACCGAAUUACGGAGUCGCACAAACUUUGGUCGGCCCGACUUCAAGCGCUUGUUCAAUGCAAUGCGUCUCGGUUUACUGGACCAGACGUACAUGACUGGCCUACAGAGUGUGCCCACGGCAGAAGUCGGUGUGUAUUUCUGUGGCCCCAAUAUGGCAGCACGACAGAUUGAAGAUGCAGCUAAAACUGCGUCGACAAAAGAUGUUCGGUUCAAGUUCUGGAAGGAGCACUUCUGA